ACGACGAUAGGGUUUCUGGUUCAUAUUCUAAUUGGCAAGUAAAACCUUAACCACCUAUCAAAAACUUCAUAAUUGUUUUUAGCAAAUUUUCUGCUGCAUCAUGGGCAUAUUAGCAUGUUUCCUUCUUAUCUUAAUCCCUUAUGCAGCUUCCAUUUCUUUCAAUUUAGCAAACAUCAGUCCAAAUGACAAGGACAUGUUUAUAUUAGAUGGUGGAGCUUAUAUCUCUGAAGAUGCAAUUCAGGUGACACCAAAAAAUCAUAGUGGCAUGGUCAUUGGACGGGUGACAUACACUGAAAGGCUUCAUAUUUGGGACAAAAGGUCUGGUGAGCUAGCCAGCUUCUCUACCAGUUUCUCAUUUGUAAAACUAUCUGACCCAGAGAGACGUCAUCGUCAAGAUGAUGGCUUCAUCUUCUUUCUUGCUCAGAAUAGUUCUUUGAUACAUGGGGCUAUGGAACCUAAGUCAGAUACCACAGUCAAUGAUAGCGGAGAUCGAUAUGUUUGGGUGGAGUUUGAUCCUUAUUGCAACACUUGGGAAAAUAGUUCCCAAUGUGAUCAUGUAGGUAUCAACGUUAAUUCUGAUUCCUCUAUUAAUCAAACCAAAUGGCUUAAUACUGGAAGAGAGUGUCAAGUUUUGAUUAAAUAUGAUUCGGGCACCAAAAAUCUUAGUGUUUCCUUCACUAGUUUUCGGAACAAUAACUUUGAACGAGAUGGAGUAGCUCAUAUAGUUGAUCUCCGGAAUGAGUUGCCUGAAUGGGUUGCGUUCGGAUUUUCAGCUGCAAGUUUUGAGUUGUUUGACAAAAACACAGUUGAAUCUUGGAUGUUUAAUAGUUCCAAUUUACAACUUGAUGAAAACGCUGGCUUACCACCAAACAAGCUCGGAUUGAUCGUGGGAUUAGUAGUUGGAAAAUCGGUUCUAGUCACGUUACUUGUUAUACUUGCAUACCUUCUAUGGAAUAAGAAGAAAAACAACGGUGACGAAGUGGAGGAACUUGGAUCUUCUGUGGUGAUGAACCAUGAACUUGAAAUGGGUGCCACUGGGCCUAGAAAAUUCUCUUACCUUGAAUUAGCGUGGGCAACUAGUGGUUUUGCAGAGAAAGAGAAACUUGGAGAAGGAAGUUUUGGAGGAGUCUACAAAGGAUUUUUGAAAGAUUUGAGAACUUAUGUAGCAGUCAAAAGGGUAUCAAAGACUUCCCAACAGGGGGUCAAGGAAUAUGCAUCGGAAGUCAGGAUCAUUAGCCGGUUGAGGCACAGAAACCUGGUGCAACUCACCGGUUGGUGCCAUGAGAAAGGUGAACUCCUGCUAGUUUACGAGUACAUGGAGAAUGGAAGCUUAGAUUCACAUCUUUUCAAUGCGAAGAGCUUGUUGACAUGGGGGACAAGGUACCAAAUUGCUAUUGGUUUGGCUUAUGCUUUACUAUAUCUACACGAAGAAUGGGAGCAAUGUGUUUUGCAUAGAGACAUCAAAUCGAGUAAUGUGAUGUUAGACUCAAAUUUCAAUGCGAAACUUGGUGAUUUUGGGUUAGCUAAGUUUGUUGACCAUGAGAAAGGUUCUCAAAUAACAAGUUUGGCUGGUACCUUGGGUUAUAUGGCUCCUGAAUGUGUCACCACAGGCAGGACAAGCAAAGAAUCAGAUGUAUUUAGCUUUGGGGUAGUUGCGUUAGAAAUAGUAUGUGGGAGAAAAUCCAUUAACUGCAAGGCACAAGAAAAACUAAUAUGGUUACCAGAAUGGGUUUGGGAGCUUUAUGGGACACAAACACUAUUGGAAGCAGUCGAUCCACGUCUAAGGUCAGAAUUUGAUGAGGGUGAAGUCGAGCGUUUGAUGAUCGUUGGAUUAUGGUGUGUACAUCCUGACUCACAAUUCCGCCCAUCGAUGAGACAAGUGAUUCAAGUACUAAACUCCAAAGCAUCCCUCCCUAUACUCCCUUCAAAGAUGCCUAUACCGUCUUACUUCACAACAGAAACGCCAUCGUUCGAUGGCUCUAAUGUGAUUUUGUUAGCAUCUUCGUCUUAUUUACAUGGUCGUUAAAUACCAUUAUUUGCUACAUUUUACUUAUUAUAACUAGGGCUUUAUUUAUAUCUAUAUGCAAGACAUAUUAACGUAUGAUGUUAAUCAUUACAGGGCUAUCAAAAUGUAGCAAUUUUCUGAAUGUAUAAAUAUUAUAAGUAGGGCUUUGUUUAGCAUAUGACGUUACUGGUUAUGGGGUUGGAAUGUUCCCCUUUUGGUUCAUUCUUGAUUAUUUUAUUGUACUCCG